GCUGGGAAAGCCAUAGCAGAUCUCUCGCGCUCCCGCUAAACGUGGCUCUGCUCUUAAGACUAGCUUGCAAGUGGGAUAGCGGUGGAAACACAACCCUCCGUCAUUUCUUAGCCCAAACUUGCAACUUGCAACAAACCUCUUUCUUAUAAUUAUUUUUUGCUAUUUCGAUACAAACUGUUGGACUCUUGCUCUGUUGGCGUCCUCUCCACGUUUCGGACCCCUGCCAGACAAAAAAGCCUGACUGAUAACUCUGCUCGGCCUUCCAGAAGCAAACAGCACGCCUUCAAAGCGGACUUUUGUGUGUGUGUACAUUGUGUCUGUCCGUCCCUUUUCAGCAAUUUCCCUUUCCCUUUCCCUUCCCAGCUGGGAAUAUUGCCCUGUUGUUCCCGGAGGGGCACACCUUAUCUCUGUUGCCGAAUCUGUCUGUUCCCCCUCUCUUCCCCGGACCUCGCAUAGGGCAUAGGCCGGCCACUCACUCAAAAUGGCAACCCUCACAAUGAAUACUGUUAGCGCAUUCCCCCCUAGCCCUCCGAGCACGUCGAGGAACUCUCAGGCCAACUCGGAUGAUGCUACCUCUGACAUUCCUAUCCACUCCAACAAGCAUCUGCUCAAGAGCUACCCUCUGCCCCCCGAGAACGGCGUCAAGACGGUCCAGCCCGAAGACCUCAAGACUCCAGAUGCUCACGUGGAGCGUGACCCCAGACUCAUCCGUUUGACGGGUAUUCAUCCGCUCAACUGUGAGGCUCCUCUUACUGCCCUAUACAACCAGGGCUUCCUUACCAACGAAGAUCUGCACUUUGUCCGCAACCAUGGCCACGUGCCUGACUGCCUCGACGAGGACAUCCUCGACUGGACCUUUACUAUUGAGGGCAUGGUCGAGAGACCCUUCACUUUGACAGUUCGCGAUCUUAUUGGCAAGUAUGAACAAGCCACAUACCCCGUCACGUUGGUUUGCGCCGGCAACCGUCGCAAAGAGCAAAACAUGGUCCGCAAGUCCAAGGGUUUCUCUUGGGGCCCAGCGGGCUUGUCGACCGCUCUCUGGACCGGUGUUCCCAUCUCUGAUCUCCUCUCCCAAGCAAAGCCCAUCCGUGGUGCUCGCUAUGUCUGCUUCGAGGGAGCCGACAAGCUUCCCAACGGCUACUAUGGUACAUCCAUCAAGCUCAACUGGUGUAUGAGCCCUGAUCGCGGUGUCAUGGUUGCUCACAAGAUGAACGGCUGCACUCUUCACAAGGACCACGGCAAGCCCGUCCGCAUCAUCAUCCCCGGCCAGAUUGGUGGCCGCAGUGUCAAGUGGCUCAAGAGAAUCAUUGUUACCAAGGAGCCCAGUGACAACUGGUACCACAUCUACGAUAACCGAGUUCUGCCAACCAUGAUUACACCCGAAGCCAGCGCCAACCUUCCAGACGUCUGGAAGGACGAAAAGUACGCUAUUUACGAUCUCAACGUCAACAGCGCCACUUGCUACCCCCAGCACGACGAAAUGCUGUCGCUCGACACCCACGCCAAGACAUACAAGGUCCGCGGCUAUGCCUAUGGUGGUGGCGGUCGUCGCAUCACCCGUGUGGAAGUCACCCUCGACAAGGGCCGAACCUGGCGUCUAGCAAACAUCGACUACCCCGAAGACGCAUACCGCAACGCCCCCGAUGGCGAUACACUGUAUGGUGGCCGCAUGGACGUCUGGUGGCGCGAGACCUGCUUCUGCUGGUGCUUCUGGGAGUUGGAUAUCCAGAUCAGCGAACUUGAAAACUCCGCUGACAUUUGCAUCCGCGCCAUGGACGAGGGCCUCAUGACCCAGCCCAGAGACAUGUACUGGUCUGUCCUGGGCAUGAUGAACAACCCUUGGUUCCGUGUUGCCAUCCACAAGGAGGACCGCUUCCUGCGUUUCGAGCACCCCACGCAGCCUGCGCUGAUGCCCGGCGGCUGGAUGGAGCGUGUUAAGAAGGCCGGUGGCAACCUUAGCAACGGCUUCUGGGGCGAGGUCAAGACCGAAGAUGACGAGAAGGCUACGGCUCAAGAGCCCGAGAAGCAGAUUGUCAUGACAAACCCCAAGGUCGAUCGCAUCAUCUCGCUAGAGGAGCUGCAAGCGCACGCCGGAGAAGAAGAGCCAUGGUUCGUUGUCGAGGGCCAAGUAUACGACGGCACGCCAUACCUCGAUGCCCACCCUGGCGGUGCUACAUCCAUCUUUGCCGCCGCCGCACAAGACUGCACCGAGGAGUUCCUCACCAUUCACAGUGAGAACGCCAAGGCCAUGAUGCCAGAGUACCACAUUGGCCGCUUGGACGAGGAGUCGCUCAAGGCUCUCAAGAACAAGGAGGCCGAGGCCGAGUCGGACUCGACGCGUGCUAUAUUCCUACAGCCCAAGAACUGGAACAAGGCCGUGCUGACCAGCAAGGUAGAUGUGUCCCACGACAGCAAGAUCUUCACCUUUAAGCUAGACCACCCUGAGCAAGUGCUCGGUCUCCCCACCGGCCAGCACGCCCUGAUGCGUCUGCGCGACCCUGCAUCCCGCGAGGCCAUUAUCCGCGCCUACACACCCAUCUCGUACGGCGACGCCAAAGGCACGCUGGACUUUGUCGUCAAGAUCUACCGCCCGACCAAGACACAGGCCGGCGGCAAGAUGACCAUGGCGCUGGACAGCAUCCCCAUCGGCCAUUUUGUCGACUUCCGCGGCCCGCUCGGCAAGUUCGAGUAUCUUGGCGAAAGCGUGUGCCGCAUCGGCGGCAAGAAGCGCACCGUCGAGCGCUUCAUCAUGGUCUGCGGCGGCUCCGGCGUCACGCCCAUCUACCAGGUGCUGCGUGCCGUCGCGGAGAAUGACGACGACGAGACCGAGUGCGUGGUCCUCAACGGCAACCGCUUCGAGGAGGACAUCCUGCUCAAGGACGAGCUGGACGAUCUCAUGGACAAGGGCGACUACCGCACGCGUCUGGUGCACAGUCUGACCAAGCCUGGCGACGACUGGACCGGCCGCCGUGGCCGCAUGGACAAGGCCUUCUUUGCUGAGCAGGUCGGCGCUCCUGAAAAGAGCGACAAGUCGUCCAUGGUGCUUGUCUGUGGACCGGAGGCGCUCGAGAAAACGGUACUCGAGAGCUUCACGGGCAUGGGCUGGAAGGAGGAGGAUAUCCUCUUCUUCUAGGUUGUGUUUUUUUCAUUUAUUGUUUGACCAAAAUCUGGGCGGGUAUUUUUGUUUUUUUUAUCUUUUUUGCAUAGUCGGCGCAACGACGACCAAAUACUUUUUUGUACAAAGAAUUUUGUUUCUUCGCAUAUAUAUACAAUUUCUUCGUUUCCAUAGCAUACACGGGACUCUGGAUAGACUGCUACAUUGUUUCAUAAUAACGAAAUGAAAAAUUGAUACCUUUUGUUAUGAGAUU